UUCUUCAGUGCAAGGAAGUGGCAGGCAUGACAGAUAUUCAGCUGUAACAUUGUCUCUGUCUGGCCUGUAUUUUGCAGUGGUUAAAACACAGCAAAGGGGGUGAUCAUUGGACAAUUCUCAUGCCUGCCUUUCCAAGGCCCUUUGUGGAAAAUAGGGAUGUUAAAGGCACUGUGAUCAGUGCGAAGAAAAAAAUGACAACCCCGGAGACAUAGUUUAAUCUGGUGCCUUGAGAGCCAAUACACCUACGGUCAAGUCAUGCCACAGAGUGAAGAUCCCCAUCAGAUAGCCCCAUAAUAUGUUAGAUCUUGCCAAAUUGUAAUGAGUUGUUCAAAAAAAGAUCAGCGAAGUAAAAGGGAGCUCAUUUGUGAUCCUGUGCAUGCUGAAUGGCUUACCGGAGUGCAGUGGCCGGGAUCUCAUUCUCACCUCGCCUGAAGCAUGGAAGCAUGGCAGGAGAAGCGGGGUGUGCAUACUAUGAAUCUGCGGUCUGUGUUCACUGCUGAGCAACAGCGUAUCCUUGAGCGUUACUAUGAAAAUGGGAUGACUAAUCAAAGCAAAAGCUGCUUCCAGCUAAUUCUUCAGUGUGCUCAGGAGACCAAGCUUGACUUCAGUGUGGUCCGGACAUGGGUAGGCAACAAGAGACGAAAACUGGCUUCCAAAGCCGAUAAGAAUGGAAUGGUUGGUUUGUCUAACCAUGCCAUUGUCGGUGCUGGAGGAACUCUUGGCCCGGUAUUAACGACAGAUAUGGCUGCUGUGCGUAGUGUUCAGCGUGGGCCGUCUACAGUUCACCUCCUUUCUCCCCAAGCCUCCUGCCCUUCAUCUUCAUCUUCCUCCUCCUCCUCCUCCUCCUCUCCGUCCUCUAAUGGAUCCAAAAACAGCAAUGAUGUAAUAGUGACUGGUGCCUACUCUCUCCCACGCAUUGUCAACCGCGUAGAGUCUUCAUCCCAGAGCAGGGCAGCCGCAAAAGUAGUACCAUUAAAUCCUAAUACUGAAUCAAGUCUGCAAUCUCGGCUUGUCUUGCACCCAGAUGUGGUGUCCCUCCAACGCAAAUCUCCUCAUAUCCCCAACUCCAGCACCUUCAUGUUUAGUCAGAUGAAAAGGUUGCCUCGAGAGCUGUCAUCAGUUGCCCCCAGCUGGGUGAAGCAAUGUGGUGCUCCACAGCACCAGCAAUGGCCCCCAACUUCACACCGUCAAACAGUGACGAACCUACACCGAACUCCCCCAGCAAGUACUGCAGAAAGCGGGGUCAGGAUCCAGCAGGUGUUCACCAUUGCUGGGUUAGCGGAGACCUCACAACGUCCUUCCAGUGAAACGAGUCAAGAUCACAGGAUAAGAAAAACGUGUGUGCCUGAUUCAUCAGAAACUUUUUCAAUUGCAAUGGAAACAGGGGAUGCAGACGACGAGUAUGCGAGGGAAGAAGAGCUGGCCAACAUGGGCUCCCAGAUGCAGCUCAGCAAAUCUGCAAGUAGCAAUGUUACUGGAGUGCAAAACAGUAGGAUCUCAACAGAAGAGUCUUCAACAAUUAAUAGCCAGGGUAUGUACACUGUGACGGCAAGGAACCUGCUGGAGGUGGCACACAGUUCCCCCAAUUCUGUGUGUUUUGGAGAAAAAGGGUGCCAAACCAGCAGUGCUUUGCUGCUUGAUUCGGGCUCCAGUGGCAGCUAUCCAAUAAGACACUUUGCAGAGUCCUCUUCAUCAAGAAUACCCAAUCUCAAGGUAAGUAUCAUGUCAUCUCCCUGGCUUCUUAGCAACUCCCGUAAAAGAACGCUCCAGGAUAGGACCCAGUUUACUGACGAAGAUCUGUACACACUAAAGAGGUACUGGGACAACGGCAUGACCAGUCUGGGCUCUGUGUGCAGAGAGAAGAUUGCAGCAGCUGCCACUGAGCUCAGUGUGGACAGUGAAAUUAUUAAGACGUGGAUCGGUAAUCGCAGGAGGAAGUAUCGACUGAUGGGCAUUGAUAUUCCACCUCCCAAAGGUGGGCCAGCGACCUUUCCUAAAGUAGCCAGUGGAGAGCUCCCAUCACCUUUGACCCCUGAGGGAGACAAGCCUAAGUUUAUUGAGCCACCACAGGACAGCGAGCAGAAUGAUGCCGUGUCGCUUUGUUUAUCUGAAGAUGGAACGAGUGACUCUUAUCUGAGGGAGAAUGAUGAUGGGAAUGAUGGGCUGAAUAGUUCUGCUCUUGCUGGAAAUGUGAAGAUUGAAAUAAUUGAUGAAGGUGAUGAUGAUGAAGAUGACAGUGAUGUGAUGGCCACUGAUAUGGAACACAUGCAUAAUCUUUUAGAGUACAAACAUGAGGAAGUCCAAUACCUUGAGAGUGAGCUCGAGAGACAAAAACAGAAGUACCAUGAGCUGAGGACCUUCACUAAAAGCCUACUGUCUGCGCUGAAGAGCAGUGACACAGAAAAGCAGCAAGAGCUUUUAGCCAGCCUACCUCACCAAGUGGAAGAAGACUUUGCGUCGAGUCCAGAAAGGAAUGCUGAGUCUAGCAUCGAGAUGAGCUCCAAUCAGAAGGAUUCCUCUGUAUCAGAGGGGGAGGGGGACGCCGAGCCUAUGGGACAGUAGUCCAUCCUCUCCUCUACACACACAUACACGGACACUCACUACACCGUACCUGUGGUAGACUCCCAAGAACUGUAACAGACCCACUGCAGCCUUUUUUUGCUGCAUAUCAGAUGGAUAAAUCCGAUCCUAAGUCAAUAAACUUCUCUAACUUGA